ACCCCCGCCACGCCAUCGCGGCCAUUCCAAUUUCUCUCUCCCCGUCCUCCCUCCACCGCCUUCGUUGCUUCCCCGGUACGCCAUCUCCUUCCUCCGCUCGCCCCCCUCUUCCUCCUCCGUUCCGUUACAGUUCGGGCGUCGCCUCUCGCCUCUCGCCGGCGGAGCUGAAGAUCGACACGCUGCGCAGCGAUAGCCGGCUGCGGGGACGGGGAGGAGCUGGAGCUUCGGCCUCUCGGUUUCUUUCUUCUUCUUCUUCUUCUUCCUUUGAGUGGAGCGAGAGCGAGCGAGCGAGCGUGCGUGCCCCUAGGGUUACGGAUUCGGAGGCCUUGUGGUGUUGCGACUUUCCAUUGCUAUGAAAUUGGAGGUGUCGCCGUCGGGAGGAAAAUGCCGAAAGCUGCUUGUUCGACGCCCCGGAGCUCCGCUUACCUCAGCGCUCUGUCUCUGGAGAUCGAGAGAAAGCUUCAGCGGGCUCUAGCUUCCGCAUCACAGAGGCGCAACUUGUUGCAAGAGCUGUUUGCCGAUGUAGCAUUGGAGGUUGACGAUAGAGCGAAAGAUAUAAUUCUCAGCAGGGAAGAAGAUUCGAUAUUGCCUGCUGAUGAUAGCGUUCAUGGUCAAUUAUGCUACUUUGACAUCCUUGCCGAUUACUACGUUUGCUCGCCGGAGAGUGGAAAACCUAUUCUUGAUAUGAUUGUGCAGCUCUGGAGUCAGUCAUUUGCAUCUCAUAUUUUCUCCCUUUUGUUCCACAAAUGGCUUUUUGAAGUUCAAGUCGAGAAUCCGGAGGUGCUACUGCGUUACUCAUCAGCUCUUGUUCAAGGUGCUACAAAUGUUUUCUGGAUUGACAUCCAGACGAAUACCAGGCGGUUUCAGACCCUCUUUUGUUAUCUACUUGAAGAAAUUGUAUUGGAACCAACACGGCUCAAUAAAAUUCCUGCGCAGGCCCAGCGAGAUCUGUAUCUGUUACUUUCAAGAUUCAUGUUCUUCUACAACUCAGCUGAUAAACUCGAAAGCUUCUUGAAGAAUUGCCCUCCUUUCUCAAAUGCUUUCCUGGUUGGUGGUCCGGCAGAUAUAUUUGUCAUUGAACUUUCAGACCAGCUCCAGAAAUUGAAGGUGGAGCCUGUGCUUAUCCAUUAUCUAUCGCAACUCAAGUAUCUUCAGGGCAUGGAACUGCGAAUGGCUACUAGUACAAGGUUGAAAGCUUGUUUGUAUAGCUUCACCUCUCCUGGAGGUCCAAUGUAUCCCACAAGAGCUGUUCGCCAUGCCGCUUGGGAUGCGCUAGAUCUGCUUUUUCCAGUGGGAGGCCAAAGAGCACAGGAGCUCUUCCUGCUGAUGCUCAGAAGGCAAGAGGGCCUGAUGGCAUAGUUGCUUCAUAAAAUGUGUAUUUUAACUGGUAGAUGUAUAUGUUUCGUUUCUGGAGGAAUGAGCAAGGUGCUGGAGCUGCUGCUUUUUCCCCCUUUUUUAUUCGGUUGUAAUUUGAAGAAACGCUGAGAUAGAAUCGUUUGAAUAUGGAGCAUGUCAUGCACCAAAAAGGUUCCGUUUAUCUGUUGUGCCCCGAGCCAGCCGGAGAAAAAGAGAGGACGGGCUAAUUAAGAGAUGAGGACAGCUGAUCAUGGGCUGCCCGCCUAUUGAGCCCGCCUUAGCAGCCCAAGGGUAUUCUAUGAGCCUGAUGUUUUGUGUAAAAAAGAUGCUAAAACGCUUUUAAAUAUGGGCGAUUGGCGUACCCGCUACGAUGUUAGAAUCGUUAAACUCCCUUCCAUUGGACAAUUUACAACAGUUAUUUUUAUGUGUCAA